GGCCCUAAUUUCUUUUGAAUCGGUUGACGAAAGCGCUGUAGUUGUGAAGCGGCUGUCUGUCCGACGAACUACCCACCAAAUCCCUUUCUCAAAUUUGAUACCCCUUUUCCUUUUCAGGUGGCGGGUAUAAGUACUGCUACACUCCCUGCAACCGCAAUUCAUCUUUAUCCAAAUCCUCUUUGCUUCUGUGUAAGAAAGAUUAAUUAAUCCAUCGCUUUUUUUGGGGAUUCUACUGUCGACGCCACUCUUACUGUGAAACCCACUUCGAAAUUCCGCUGUUAGUGUAUGCCAUACGCGAAACCGGCCAGCGGCGGAGGCACCGGCAGCAGCGCCAGUCAUGUCCGCGAUGCUGCGUCACUCUACGUCCAGGGUACGCCGCAUAGCCGCCGCCACGACGGUGGCCGUGCUUUGUUCAAGGACGGCCCCAAUAGCGCAUUCCUCAGCUCUUGAUUGCUUACCGGCGGCACACCAUGCCCUAUUUCCCAGACCUUGGAAAUUAGGGUUCCAGGAGCGGCACAAAUGGGACGGGAGCUCGGACAAUUAUGAUCAAAUCAGGGCCGAAGUCAAUUGUCCCCGCUGCUCCAAGCCUAUGACCGUGCUCUUCUCCAACCGUCCGCUGUCCAUUACCACCGGCGAGCACGGGAUUUACCAGGCUGUGAACAUGUGUUACCAUUGUCGGACGGCGUUUUAUUUCCGGCCUUUCAAGCUAGAGCCACUUCAGGGGAGUUUUAUAGAGAUUGGAACGGUUAAGAAUCGGGGAGAGAAUUUUAGGGAUAUGGAGAAGGACGGCGCCGGGAGAGGUAGUAAUAAUGGUGGUAAGAUUUGGGAGAAGUUGAGGUCUUACAGUGGGAGUGAGAAUAGUGAGAAGACUACCGAUAGUGAUGCUCACGGAGAUGGUGAUAGUAGCUGUAACAUUGAGGAUUCGGAGGGAAGGAGCACAUCUUCGGGGGAGGGGGUGGGGAAAGUGGGGAGAGAGCUGCCUACACCCAAAGAGAUAUGUAAGGCUCUCAAUGAAUUUGUUGUUGGACAGGAUUUGGCCAAAAAGGUGCUUUCUGUAGCUGUUUACAACCACUACAAAAGAAUAAACUAUACCCUGGUGCAUAAAGAGACAGGUGGAGAAUCAGGCCAUGCUGAGGCUGAAUUGGAUUGUUGCCAUAAUGAUUUUGUUGAACUGGAGAAGAGCAAUGUCUUGAUGAUCGGUCCAACUGGCUCAGGAAAGACAUUGCUUGCAAAAACACUAGCUCGAGUUGUGAAUGUGCCUUUUGUCAUUGCUGACGCUACAACACUAACACAGGCAGGCUAUGUAGGAGAAGAUGUGGAAUCCAUACUGUACAAAUUACUCAUGGCCGCAGAUUUCGAUGUUGAAGCAGCUCAGCGAGGAAUUGUAUAUAUAGAUGAAGUUGACAAGAUAACUAAGAAGAAUGAAAGUCUGAACGUUGGUAGAGAUGUUUCUGGAGAAGGUGUUCAACAGGCACUACUGAAGAUGCUUGAAGGAACUAUUGUCAGUGUUCCUGAUAAUAGAAGUCCAAGGCAUUCACGUCGUGACAACAUUCAGAUAGAUACAAAAGACAUCCUAUUCAUCUGUGGUGGUGCUUUCGUGGAUUUGGAGAAGACAAUUUCUGAAAGACGACAAGAUUCCUCUAUUGGUUUCGGAGCUCCCGUCCGUGCCAAUAUGAGAGUAAAUGGAUUAAAUUUAGCUGCAGCCUCAACACUACUGGAACAGGUAGAGAGUGGUGACCUUACUGCAUAUGGGCUUAUACCUGAAUUUGUUGGGCGGUUUCCUGUUAUGGUGACAUUAUCGGCUCUGGAUGAAAGCCAACUUAUUGAGGUUCUUACAGGGCCAAAGAAUGCUCUCUGCAAACAAUACAAGAGGAUGUUCAGCAUGAACAAUGUCAAAUUGCAUUUCACUGAUGGUGCCAUGAAAUUAAUUGCAAAAAAAGCAAUUUCCCGGAACACUGGUGCGCGUGGCUUGAGAUCCAUAUUAGAAAAUAUUUUAACUGAGGCUAUGUUUGAGGUUCCAGGUACAAAAUCCGGAGAAGAUCAUAUUGACACAGUUUUGGUCGAUGAAGAAGCCGUAGGUGCACCAGAUACACCUGGAUGUGGCGCCAAAGUACUUACCUCAAACGGGUUGGGAGAACAAUCCACACAAACGAAAUUAAAACCCACAAACGAAGAGGAGGCGGCAGUGAAGCCGCGCCCGGUGGUCGAUUUGGAGGAUUCGUUGCCUGCCGUGAGCCUGUGAUGCGAUGAGAUAUUGAUGUAUUAUUUUCCAGGGAGAGCAGGCAGAGGAGGAAUGAUGUACAUAUCAUAUGCACUUCACUUGGUAGCGUUUUCUUGAUGAGGUAAUAAAAAGAUAAAUAUGUUUUCUUCGAAACUCAAAUGUCUUAUCACCAUUUUUUCCUUCAAUGCUCUUGGCCGAUUCCCCCCAUUGUCUUAUUGUUUGUCUUUUAUUUCUUAAACAUAAUAUUUACUUAUUUUUAUCGAUUUUAAUAAAAGUAUACUAUUUUUCUUA